AUGUUCUCCUACGUCCUGAGUUCUGCGAGCUCGUACUUCCACCUCCCAAUCGAGGAGGAUGAAGACGACGAGUUCCCCACCUCAAGACACAUAGCUUGGUUGCCAUCUACAGACUCCACGGAUUCGGACGACUCAGACUCCGGAUCCUCACCCGUUCCCUCCACAUCCUCAACACCUUCCACUCGUUCAACGCCCAGAACAAAUCGAAAGGACAGAGCGGUCAUCCAAGAGAUCCUGUCCCAUAAUGACCUCUACCAGAUCAUGGGAAUACACCGGACCUCCCGCAUAGAUAAGAUGACCCUCCGGAGAGCAUACCUGACACGAAGUAAGGCGUGUCACCCAGACAAAUUCCCGGAUGACCCAGAGGCUACGCGCGCGUUCCAAAAGGUCUCCGUCGCUUACGAUGUCCUCAGCAAGCCCUCCUCCAAAAGACUCUACGACUCCCAGCCACCACAGUCCUACGACAUCUUCGCGACCAGGCCUAUCCCGCCCGUGCAAGAGACGUUCCGUAGCGUCAUAAUAGGCGUAUUCAAUGACCUGCUCGAUGGUGACCUUGACAUGGUCCGGUCACUUCUUAGAACGGUCAACGACCUCAAUCCCUCGCUUCGAAUAGGCGAAGAGGGCAUCAACUCUGUCCUCGUCUCCCUCCAAGCCAUCCGCGAACGCGCCCUCACCUGCCGGACCUGCAUCCUCGCCCUCCACCACGAACUCACCCACCUGCUCGAGGUGCAGCGUGCCUUCCACGACCUCUCCUACUUCGACAUCCGCCGGCGCUCCUGCCUGACCAUCCGCCUGGCGCGGCUCACCGUCUCGCUGCCCAUCGCGCUCGAGCGUGCACUCACCGAGCAAAACGCGGACGACAUAUACGCCGCGGACGGUACCCGCGAUGGCGUCGGCGGUGCGGAUAGGACCGCCCUCAUGAACGCACGUGUGUACCGUCUCCUGAGGGGACUGGUCCAUGUCUUAGAACGGAUGGAGCACGUCCUCAAAUGA